UUGUCUCGCUCAGGCUGCGCACACGCUCAGCAGCCUUUUUUCUGUUGACUCCGCGCUCCGCCACGUUGGUUCUCCUACGUGUGUGUGUCGCAUUCCCCUGCGCACCACCAACGUUAUGUUUGUGAUGAGGCGGGAAAUGGCGUCCGCAGACAUGUUUGGUCUUUGACUAGCUACCGAGCGACACACACAGCUGGCAGCAACAACCACGGCCCCACCUCUACUGGUGGCCGCCACGGUCGUGGCCGAGAGCUGACAACGCUGUGGCAAGUUUUGAAGAGCUCCGUGGAUCGUCGGUUUUUCUAUGUGACGUUGGAGCAUGAUGAGGCUGAGAGUGCGUAAAGCUCCUCAGCAGCUGAACUUAGGCCGUCGAACCCACCCGGCCCAGGCCAAACGGAAACACCGUGAAGUGGAGCCAUCCCCAGUGAGAGGUCGAGGCAAAAUGCAGAAGAAUGAAACAGGCCUGUUCUCCACCAUCAAAAAAUUCAUCCGUGGAAAUGCAGUCAAGGUGGAGCAGGACAUCCCCGCAAAGAGGAGUCGUAUUGAUUGUAAUUCUGAGAGCGAUCUAAUAACUUCCACACCACAGACUAGAGGCCUUACCAACAAAGCAGUCUCCAGAGUUUGCCGGAAAAGUCCUAAUAAAGACACAAUGACCUGCAACAGUAAACCCAUGACACCAAACGGUAAACUGGAGGUCCCCGUAGAGGCAGCGAGCAGCCCACCACGCACCACCCUACUGGGAACCAUCUUCUCUCCCGUUUUCAACUUUUUCUCACCAGCAACUAAAACUGCCACUCCUGGUUCAGACUCUCCUGGCCAAGCAGUGGAGGCGGAGGAAAUCAUGAAGCAGCUGGACAUCGAGCCGGCAGAAGAAAUGCAAAGCAGCAGCCUCACAUCCACAGAGGGCAUCACUCCGUGUCACACCGCCCCGAUCCCGAUGUUACCGCAGAGGCUUCAGAUGACCUCCGAUACAACCAUAGAGGAAGGAGAAAUAGUCACCGAAACUGACAUGCCACCAUUAACGGCUCCUGGUUGCAUGCCAGAUGGCGGUUACCAAGAUGCGUUACCAUCAGCUCCUCCUGAAACAACAUAUGAAGAGGAAUGGGAAGUUUUUGAUCCGUACUUCUUCAUCAAGCACGUGCCUCCGCUGACAGAAGAACAGUUAACACGCAAACCAGCGCUACCUUUGAAAACGCGCAGCACGCCAGAGUUUUCUCUGGUUUUGGAUCUGGAUGAAACUCUGGUCCACUGUAGUUUAAAUGAGCUAGAAGACGCAGCCCUGACAUUCCCUGUGCUCUUUCAAGAUGUAAUAUACCAGGUGUAUGUUCGGUUGAGGCCCUUUUUCCGCGAGUUUCUCGAGCGCAUGUCUCAAAUGUAUGAGAUUAUUCUCUUCACGGCUUCAAAGAAAGUGUACGCCGACAAGUUGCUCAACAUCCUGGAUCCGAAAAAACAGCUGGUCAGACAUAGAUUGUUUCGUGAGCACUGUGUGUGUGUUCAAGGAAAUUAUAUUAAAGACCUAAACAUUCUCGGACGGGAUCUUUCCAAGACGAUAAUAAUCGACAAUUCACCCCAAGCCUUUGCUUAUCAGCUUUCCAAUGGAAUCCCUAUUGAGAGCUGGUUUGUGGAUAGAAAUGACAACGAGCUUCUAAAGCUUGUUCCUUUCCUCGAGAAGCUUGUGGAGCUGAAUGAAGAUGUCAGACCGCACAUCAGAGAACAGUUUCGUUUGCACAACCUCCUUCCUCCAGACUGAUGUCCUCGUCUUUUAGUUCAAGAUGGUAUCAACAUUGGAAGAAAAAAAACAUAAAGGAUUCCCGAAGAAUAUAUUCUCUGGAUCCUCUUUGCAAACAUCGCCAUUAUUCUGAUUAUUUUUAAAAUCAUGCAAAAAAA